GUUGCCUUCGGAGGGGAGGGUCUCUGGGGUGAGGGAGUCGCGCGCCCAGAGUGGCCGAGCGUUCGGAGUUAGUUGAAAUUGUGGACUUCGCUGGGGGUGCCUGGGACGGCCCUGGGGGGCCCCCCACUUGGGAAGGUGCACUUAACAAUACGGCUGCACCCAAGAGGAGUUCUGUCCUGUUUGGUGUGGCGCAUGGGGCCAGGAGCUAGAGGGACCGAGGCGGGAGAGCAACAGAGCCCGGCCGAUCCGCGCUCUGAGUUACAAACUCUAUUGUGACGCACUUACUACGACUGACGGCCGCUGCCAAACCUUCCCCAGACUUGCUGCCCUCAGCAUUUUCGGCAAACAAUGGGGCCGGAGCAGGGAACGCGGCCAGCCGCCUGUAAUCACUGCAUCUGCGCCCGCUCCUGUGCUCCAGCACCGAGUCGGGUCCCCGGGAAGUCAGAGCCCGCUGGGAGCUUCCGACUUGAUGCAAGUCUGUCCAGAGCAAAAAGCACAUGCGAAAAAAAAGACCAAAUGGCAAAGCAACCUUCCGAUGUAAGUUCUGAGUGUGACAGAGAAGGUGGACAAUUGCAGCCUGCAGAGAGGCCUCCCCAGCUCAGGCCGGGGGCCCCUACCUCCCUUCAGACAGAGCCUCAAGGUAAUCCCGAAGGCGAAGGGGACCGCUGCCCCCACGGCAGCCCACAGGGCCCGCUGGCCCCACCGGCCAGCCCUGGCCCUUUUGCUACCAGAUCCCCGCUUUUCAUCUUUGUGAGAAGAUCUUCCCUGCUGUCUCGAUCCUCCAGUGGGUAUUUCUCUUUUGACACAGACAGGAGCCCAGCACCCAUGAGUUGUGACAAAUCAACACAAACCCCAAGUCCUCCUUGCCAGGCCUUCAACCAUUAUCUGAGUGCAAUGGCUUCCAUGCGGGAGUCUCAGGCAGAACCUGCAGACAUGCGCCCGGAGAUCUGGAUCGCGCAGGAGCUGCGGCGAAUCGGAGAUGAGUUUAACCUGUAUUACCCACGGAGGGUAUUUUUUAAUAAUUACCAACCUGAAGACCGCCCCCAAAUGGUUAUCUUGCGCCUGUUGCGUUGCAUCAUCCGCCUGGUGUGGAGGAUGCACUGACGGGGUCUCCCGGAGCCGGACACGCGCGGACUCUUCGUUCCCAGGGAGGGCCAGGCCAAGCCCUGCGUCCCCAACCCCGCUGUGCAGCCAGCCCAGCGUUCUUCCCGCGGCGCGGAGGGCGGGACAGCGCAGAAGACCCUGUGUCCGCAGGUGGACUUGACCUUGCAUCGCGUGGCUCCGCACUGCGCCUGUGCGUGUCUGUGGAAGUUGCUGUGAAUGUAAAUGUGGGAGGAUUCCUUUUUAAUGCAGAAACCGUGGUUCUUGGAGCAGGAUUGUCUGCAGAAGGGUGUUUACAUGUCGUGGCUUUCCCACCUCCUGCAGUGAGAACAGGUUUUUUUCACAAAGGAAAUGGAAACUUUUUAACCAACUUGUGAAUGAUUUUUUUUGUACUAAAAUUUUAAGAACUUAUUCCCUAUCUCAGAGGAUUAUCUGAACCUUGCAGUGGAAACUGAGCCAGCUAGUUUAUAAAGCUGCCUUAGUUUAUUUUUAGAAAAUACUGUACAGAAUUUUUUAACAGGGAGAGGUGUGAUGGGCUCCCUCCUUCCCCUGCCGUUGGCUUUUGAGAUUUCUUUUUUCUUUUUUUCCUUUUUUGAUCAUUAAAAUCAAAAGUUGUUCUUAUAAAAUGGAACUGGGCAGGGGGCAGGGGACCUGCUGUCCCUUGGCCGGCCUCACCUGCUUUGUAAAUAUUUAUUUACUUCCUUCAACUCAGCUGCCUCUGUGGCAGCAUUUCCGACUGUUUUGGUGUCUUUCCCGGUCACUGGUGAGGCAGCCCCAGUCCAGCUGGAUGCUGAUGUGCAGGUUUGGUUCAAGGCGAAGCAUCAUUGGUCAGAGCAGGAGUUGGCACCUGGCCAGUUGGGGGUGCCAUGUUGGUCCCCUUGGUUUACAGGGACUUGUCCUGGAGUGUUCUGGAGAGGGAGAGCCGUCCCAUGGCCAUCCGGCCCAGGGGAGCCACAUGCCAAUAUGCUGCCAGCCUGGCUGCAACUCUGCCUGCUGGCCUCCUCCUGGCCUGUGGUACUGCCUCAGUGCCUGCUCCUUCUAGCCUGCCUUGGAAGAGCAGCUUCAUUCUGCUUUGCACCGCACCCCUGGGCAGAGUCCAGCGUGUCCACUGAGCCUUCUGAAAGUUUUGCUUUUCCCGUUUUCUUAGGCCAGUUGGGUCGGUGUCGGUGCACCUGGCCUCCACCUCUGGGGGCCGCGCUCUCUGCCUGCCCCUACUGUCCCCUGGUAUCACAGCACAUCUGAAGCCAUCGGUCAGUCAUUUCAGAAGCAGGAAAACCAGGGAGACCCAGGAAAGACCCAAAUGGGGUGGGGCUACAAACCCUGGGAUUCUUAAAAGUUUCAAAAUCUCAAAUCAUGAAAUAGCUUUUCUAAAAGGAGUGGAUGAGUUUUCCAAAUACAUCAGCAGUGCCAACAGCUCUGGCUCUUGCUUCUGCCAGGUAGAGGACCAGUGUGGUCACAUUAAAUUAAGUGGAAAAUCAUUCUUCUGUUACUUCCCAGGUUUUUGUGUAUGUGUGUAGAUAUACGUGUACAGACAUAUAUAUACAUAUAUAUAUAUAUGUUGCCUAUAUGUUUUUUUCUUUAAGUAGAGAUGAUCUGAUUCCAAAUAUUAUUCCUUUUUAUAUCUUGAAAGCUGUGUGGGAGCACAGCUUGUCUCCUGAUGUGUCUUGAGCCCCCUGUGGUCACACGUGCAGCCCACAGUUGCAAGGUGGGGUGGGGAUUGCAGCUGCGACCCUGCUGGACGGACACACACACACACACACACACACACACACACACCAAAGAUGUAUCUGGUUCUGGGCCGCCCGCCUCCCAGGCCUCUGUGCUCAUGUGCCAGUCUCUCGGACCAGAGCACUUCAUGUCUCCUCAGCCCUGUGGCUUCCUGACACAGGUGCCCAAGGCCGUACCAUCAUGCUUGGUGCUGGCCGGGUUACAGCCUGGCCUCCAGGCUGGCAGGAGCAGCUCGGAGGAAAGGCUUCGGCCUGUGCAUGGCAAAGGCUAACAGGAUGCCAGCGCCCGAGCGUGGAGAGAUGGCGGAGUCUCUGUACUGUACUGUUGAUCAAAACGCCUCCCGCAGGAAGUGUGCCUCCCUGCGUGGGCACGCCUUGGCUUCUUAGUUAAUCAUUUUUUAAUUUUUUGUAGGAAAAAGUUACCUAGACCUCCCCCCCCCUUUUUUUUUGAAAAUGCGGGUUUUGUGCCUUGAUGACCUCUCCCAUGUGAGGUUUGUAAAAAGUGUAAAAAGUGUCCCCUGGCUUCACACUGAAAUGCAAUAAAGAGAAAGAUCCCUCUGAGAUUCUUCCAGUUCCCGUCCCAGAAAUGUGUUGAUGAAGAAUUGGGGGGUUAAGAGGGCUGGAAAAAACAAUUUAAAAUUCCAUAAGUAAAGUACAGAGAAAUGCAAUUUUUUCCUGUUCCCCCUUCUCUGUGUUGUAUAUAUAUUGACUAUUUAUUAGAUUAGGUCAUAUUUUUCUUACCAACUGAGCCAAAUAUCUGUGCAAUUAUGUCCCCUUGACCUUUCUUGUAAAAUUUUGUACAGUAUCAAUGAGUAAAAAUCACUGUUUUUUCUAAAUCUUUUUCAGAAUCAAGGAUUGUAAAUAUUGUAGAUUCUCUUUCUGUGUUAUGUGGCCUACUGUUUUAUAAUGCUGUAACUUGUAGAAAUGUUGUAUAUUUAUUUUCGGCUUAUUUAAUGUGUUAAGUUUGGAAAGUGUUGACGUCCCUGUCCCCCCAUACCCUGCCAUCCCGGGACUGGGUGCCGGCUCCCAAGGCGGGAGGUGGUGACUAGUGGGCUCUUGCAGACCACGUGGUCUUCCCGGGGUGGCCUCUGGCUUCCGUUCCUGGUGGUCAGCUCUUGGGCCCUGCCGCCUUCGGGUGGAGUUUGCAUGUGACACCCAGGAGAAACCAGCAAUCUAGCAGUGUACAAAAUUCCACUCUGAGAAGCACUCAGCAGCCUCUACCUGUCCAGAGCAGCUGGCUUCUCUCAGGAGCUAAUUUGCUAAUUCCAGGCCAGGGCUUUUAAGAUGGAAAAAAAAAAAAAAGUAUUCUCAGCAGGUGGGCGGGUUUUCCCAUUGGAAAGCCUCACCUGACAACUCAGCAUUGCCGUGGAUAAACUGUCCCCUCGAGAGGCACUGCUGACCCAGUUGUCCAGGGCAGGGGCCAGGCGGGACCAAGAGACAGGCCGCUUCGGGGUGCCUCCAGUCACCAGGCCCUUCUUGGCAACUGGUGAGUGAAUGGCUCCUCCCCACCUGCACCUGCCCGUGGGUCCUGUGCUGAGGUGUGGACGGACCUUUGUCCUCGGGAGCUAACUGCACCUGGCACUUCACCAUCCAGUCACUGCAUUUGGUCAGCCUGCUUCUCCAGGUCUCUGCCCUCUUCCCAAUUCUCCAUCCCCCUUGGGAGAGGUUGGGGACCCGCUGGGCUGGGUGUCAAGAUGUGAAAGCUUGUGGAUGCUCCAGGGAAAUCUAGUGACCCCUCAAGGGCGGUUCUGCCGUCCCUGUGUGUCGCUAAAUCAUCUGGGGUGUGCUGUGUGUGAGAAGCACCCUCGAGCUCACAGCUGAGUUAACUUGACUACUUUACCUGGGAAUUUCAGACCCUGAGAGCUCUCUUGGGUUUUAUGUGCAGGUUCUGUGACCACUCAUUACUGUAUCGGAACUCAUCAGGUACCCAUUUAUAAAUAGCACUGACCUGUCUGUAUAUUGACCCAUCACUAACUCGUCCCCUAGGACCCAGCAUAUGUAGCAUUGUAUUGCAAUUUCCCUGGCUGACUUGUGUUUUGCACUGAUGAAUUUUGACAGGGUAAUCGCCACUUUACUUGUGCAAUACUGCUGUAAAUAAGUGCAGAUUUUUUUUUUAAGAAUCUCAAUCUUUUAUGUUCUUAAUGAAUUUUAUAUAAAUAAAACUUUCAACUUGU